AACGGUUGGGAGAGUCGGCGGGAGCUGCCGCGCUUGACAGUCCCCCCGGAGGCUGGGCCUCUGCAGCGAGCGGCGGGAGAGAAUCCCAAAAAUGAUGGCUGAGAACCUAGACCAGUUCCUUGAAGAUCAAAAAGCCAAAUUGGCACAAGACAAGGCAAAACUUGAAAAUGAUCCUCCUUACAUGGAAAUGCAGAACAAAAGUGCAGAGAAGCUUUCAGAGACCAGCAAAAUAUUAAUAUCCAUGGCUAAAGAAAACAUCCCACCAAAUAGUCAACAGACUGGUAUACAUGACUAUGGCUUAAGCUUGCCUCUUGGGGAAGAAUAUGAACAUAAAAAACACAAGCUGAAGGAAGAGCUUCGACAAGAUUACAGACGUUACCUUUCUCAGGGUAUGUCACAGGCAAAAAAGAAGAAAAGAUAUCUUACAUCUGGUGAAGUUGAUCCAUAUACUCAGGGACUGUCUCUUCCUAUUGGUGACAGGAGGUCUGCUAAGGACAGGUUAAGGCUUGAAAGAAACAAAGAGUACAAUCAGUAUCUCAGGGAAAAGGAAGAAUGGAAUGAAAGGUUAAGAAGAGCAGGAAAGAAACACACAGAGCAUGACACAGACAAGCACCAAAAGGGCAUUGUUGUUACCAACAUCCAGUCGGCAUUACAUACUCCAAAUUUAUCUCCAAGAAGAGAUGAAGAAUCCUUCAAGAAAGAUGCUUGUACAUCUACAGACACAUAUGAAAUGCUCUCAAAUAGGAGACAACUGCUAGAUCAACAUCACAAACCAGAUAAUGAAAUUGGAUGUGGGGACAGCAUAUUGUACAAAAAACUUGAUGAAAAAUUGAACAUUUCCAACAGAAAGCACCAAAGGCCAGAUGGUAAACCUGAUAUCUCUACUAGAAGGCACCCCAGGUUUGAUGAGGAUUAUGAACCUGAAAUAAAUGAUGAAAUGGAUCCCAGGUUUCGAUAUGAAAGCGAUUAUGAUAAAAAGCCAUUGCGAGUCUUUCAUGCUCAAAGAAGUCCUACUAAUGAACAGGCACAGUCUGCUGCUGGUAGUGUUCCAUAUGCAACAGGACUGAUAAUUGGAGGUCAAGAUAAAGAACUUAUUCAGAGAAGGAAAGAACAAUAUAGGCAAGAUUUAAUGGACCAAAUUGCUGAGCAACAGAGAAAUAAGAGACGUGAAAAGGAACUUGCGCUCCCAGUUGCUGUAUCUGGAGCUGUAGACCCUGAGAAAAAGCCCGACAGGCUAAAAGAGUUGGGAUUAACACCACGAUUACCUGAAGAGAGAAUACCACCAGAAAGACCAAGACCAGCAUUUCAAACUCCUACACCUGGACCCACCUCUAUAUCUGCACCUCCCAUCUCACCAGUGAAUGAACCUUUUCACAGAGGAUUGUCCACUGCUCUCGGAGAAAUGCUGGCUCCCAGAAUUGCACCUUUACCACCACCACUACCACCACCAAUUUUGGCUGACAACUAUAGAACUCCUUAUGAUGAUGCAUACUAUUUCUAUGGUGCCAGAAAUCCUUUGGAUCCUAGCCUUGCAUACUAUGGCCCAGGCACGAUGGGGGCCCAGGCUUCAUCUGCACCUCCACCUGUUGAUACUGUUCAAAGACCUCCUGCUGCAACCAUCUGUAAAAUUGGAGCAAGAAUUACAGAUGAUAGACCAAGAGGUUUUGGAAUAUUUCCCGAAGAAAAACCAAAAACCACAAGACAAGCUACUGUAGCUUAUCAACAAGAAUUACAACAGCAGAUAAGGGAAAGAGAAGAACGUCGCAGGCAAGAAAAGGAGGAAAAGGAACGGUAUGAAGCCAAGUUAGAAGCUGAAAUGAGAAAUUACAAUCCUUGGGGAAAAGGAGGUGGAGGUGCUCCUCUCAGAGAUAAAAAAGGAAAUCUCAUAACUGAUUUGAAAAUGAUGCACAAGCAAAAUGAAGAUGCAUAUCAUAAUCCAGAGGCACGAGUACAUGAAGAUAAAAGGGCUAUAGUAUCUGUUGAUCUAAGUUUGGCCUCCCCAAGACUUGAGAAUACAGAUGAAUCUACAAAUAAAAUAGCAGGUUUUACAUAUACACAAACAUCCCCAUAUGCUCGUGGUAACGUUUUUGGUGAGGCCCCAACACCGGAGCAGCUUAGGCGACAAGAAUCAUACAAGAACUUCCUUCGUUUUCAGAUAGAGGAGAAAAGAAAGAGAGAAGAAGAAGAGCGUGAAAAACUAAGACUUGAAGAAGAAAGGGAAGAAAGAAGGCUAGCAGAGCAGAGGGCUAGAAUACAGAGAGAAUUUGAUGAAGAAUUGGAAAGGAAAAGAAGGAAAGAGGAAGAGCAAAGAUUAAAAAAUGAAGAACUAUAUCGAUUAGCUGAAGAAAGGAAAAAAGAGGCAGAGAGAAAAAGAAUAGAGGAAGAAGAAAGACAGUAUAAGCAGAACAGUGAAACUGAAAAACAUAUAAUAAUUGAAGAAGAAAAGAUAUCUAGGCAGCCUUCUCCUCUUAUUCCAUCUCUUCAGAACAAACCAUUAGUAAAAGAAGAAAGGACACUUUUGGUGGAGAGCCGUAUGUCUUAUUAUACACAUGAUGUCCCUAGAGUUCAGUCUCCUCCGGUCCCAGCUAGAAGAAACCAGCUACGCGCAUAUGAAGAAAGGAAAGAUGUAAUAAACGAGCUAUCCGAGAUGAGGAAGCAGCUCCGCAGUGAAGAGCGGCGACUACAGGAGCAGUUGUUGAAAGUAUACAGUGAUGAUGACGACAUGCCAGCAAAAGGCAGGAGGAAAGAUAAACAUAACAUGGAUGUAUUUGAGAUGGCUAGACUUCGUAUGCAAGCUCCAGUCAGGCGACCAUCAUCAAAGGAAGUUGCUGAUCCUAUCAACGUACAAAAUAUCCGUGAAUUUAAUGAACUUAAAUACAAAGAUUCAGAUACCCGAGUAGAAACGAAAUACAUGUAUCCUGAUCCUCCCACCAAUAAUGAUACUCUGGACAUUCAGCAGCAGGCGUUGUUAAGGGAGCAGAAAAAGAAACUUACAAAAUUGAGGAGAAAUGCAGAAGGUGUCCUAGAUUUUGAUGAUCCUGUGUCUGGCUUUAAAUCAAGAGGCGUGGGAAUGGUCAGGGAUGAUGAGUCAAAUGAGUCUAUGAAGAAUUCACUCUUGGAAUCUGAUAGUGCCUUUAUUGGUACUGACGGUGAGACCUUUCCUACUUUAGAAGAACCGAACUUCAACAUGGAUAUAACUUCGCCACCACCUGUAUCUGCAAGGGAAAGGAGGCGAGAGAAGAAAAAGGAUGAUGCCCCUUUUAGGGUGACUCCACCACCACAACCAGACAACAGCUCUCUGCACUCAAGCUCUAGUCUCAAUAUAGAUCAGUUAAAAGCAAGAAACGAGGAGCGACUGCAAAGAUUGAAUGAGCUACGAAAGAAGGCCAUUCAUAUAGCUGAUGAUAUUUCACUGGGAAAUGCUGAUGAUAUCCUGAAGGAAUUGCCCUCUAUGGGUGCCCGAAGAUCUGACUCUAUUGACACAGUGGCAACUGAGCCAUGGCUGAGACCUGGGACAUCUGAAACCCUUAAACGAUUUAUGGCUGAGCAGUCAAGGCAAGCUAAACUUUCUUCUGAGAAGAACUUACCCUUCAAUUGGCAGGGGCUGUCAACUGCCCAUGGCUGAAUAAAUCUGUAGCAAAGCCAACUGUGCCUUUCGAAAGAAUGUUUCGUCACUACUGCACUUUUAAUUUUUUUAAAAUGUAAAUGCUCUGUACAGAAGUGGAGAUGUCACAAAUCUUGUAAACAGGCAGGCAAACUGAUUAUGACAAACUGCUGCAAUCCCCUAUCUUCUAAAGUUAAAUUAUCAGUAUGUUACUGGUAAGACCCACACUUGGAAAUAGGACUCCUGCACUAGGUCAUCCUGAAAACAUCAGGUUAGAGCUAAACACAUGAAGUUUAAUAAUAGCACAGAGACUGGGUUUUCCAGUUUACUCUUUCGGUAUUUUUUGUUUGAAAAUUACCUCAGACCUCAACUACUACUACAAGAUUGUGAAAUGUGUCCUGAGUUUAACAGAACUGAAGUCUAUGGCUUGGAUUGCUCAGAUAUGUAGUAGACAUUUAGGUUCCUGUGUAGGACUUUUGCUGCUUUACAAUUCAUCACAUAUUCACUAUCCAAUCAUUUGUUCUAAAAUUCUAGAUUAAUGUGCCUUCUUGUUGUGGUGGGUUUUUUUAAUGUCAAUAGUGAAUACUAUAAAAUGUAUUUAUGGUCAUGCUUUUAAGAUUACAAAAUAAAUUAUAUUUUAUUAAAAGUUUAA